GUUCUUUGAGAAAUGUUUGGGCCUUGCACAAUCACUGCCUCAUGGUUGGAGCGAUACAAGGACCUCUAUGCUGCUGCUUCAGAUCACAAAUACUUCCAUCUCAUCAAGACGGGAGUUGUUCGAAAAGAGGAGUUUGAAGUGUGGCUGAUGCAACAUUAUUUGUUCACAAGAAUGUUUGCAAGAUUUGUGGCAAGUCUUUUGAGCAAGACUCCAAAAGGCCCGGAGUUUGGAGAAGGGCAUGGCGAUGGGAUUGAGAUGGAGAUGGUUCUGGGAUCCAUAAUGGCCAUGGACACAGAAGUGAAAUUCCUCAAAGUAAAAGCUGAAGAAUGGGAACUCGACUGGAGCCCCUCUUCCUUGAAGUCACACCCCAGCAAUCACAAGUAUUGCAUCACUCAGAUGGCGAACACGCCGAACAGCGGGACGUCAUCUGAGAUGUCGACAUCUUGCAAUGCCGACCCUUUGCCGGUCUGUCCGGCUCAAGGGCAGAAUGAGUCCGUUGCGGACUACAUUCUGCGAGUGCAGACCUAUACGGCCGCACUAACCCUUGCCAAGGAACGGCAAGAUGCUGCCGAAGCAGACAAGCAAAGGCUAGGAGCCGAAGCUGCAGCCCGCGCCCAGCAACAAGCUGAGGCGGCGCAGUUGGCGACUGACCAGCUCAACGCCGACAGUGCCGAGCUUCUGAUCUCUCAACAAGAUCAGUGGACGGCGGUGCUCAACGGGAUGCGUUAUGUACCCGUAGCAGGCGCCGAGCCAACGCCAGUACAACAGGAGAGACAAAACCUGGCAGACAUUCUACUCAACACAAUGCGUGCCGUCAUCUGGAACAGCACCAUGGGGGAACUUCAUUCCCGAUCUACACAGCAGCUACAGAACAAUCUCAACCGUAAUGUGAAGACGCUGGCAGCAGCCGUUAAGGUCGCGGACUCCCAGCUGAAACAGAUGGACGCCCGCAUUGCUACUCUGGAGGCAAGGCCUUCCCAAGCAGCGCCAGGCUGCACGACAGACACGACGAAGCAGCUCAACGGGCGCAUCGAUCAUGUCGUCAAUCUCAUCGGCGACCUAGGUGCUUUCACUGGUCCGGACACGAUCAGUAGCACGGUGGCCGCCAUCAAGACGGACAUCACCAAGCUGCAGACAAGACCGGACGCCGCUACCAAGAAUUACAAGAUGCCGCAGUUCACCAUCAGCAAGUUCGACGACUACAACAAGACAGACGCUUUGACAUGGUGGCAAGGUUUCCUCACGGAAGCAUCCUGCCGCACUGUCCCGGCUAAAGACAUGUUGAAGGCGCUCUACCUACAACUGAUUGGAGGAGUGCAGGCAUGGAUGAAUCACCUGGCGGCUACCAAGCAAUGCACCAUCGCCGAACUCCACACGCACAUUACGUGGAAGGAGUUCGAGCAACUAUGGUUCACCCGAUUCAUGGUCCGCAACGUCGUGAAGGCGGCCAUGAACGAGGUCUACACUUGCUCACAGGGAAGUAUGCCAACUCGAGACUGGACGAUUAAGUGGCAGAAGAUAGUGACCACGCCAAGUUUCGAUUUGAGCUACCAACGAUCCGAGUUCUUCUCGCGAUCGUGCGCAGGAUGGCGGUCGGCACUCGGCAACGAGUACGACUACACCUCGUUCCAGGCUAUCCUGGAUCGCGCAAACCUGGUCAUCCAAACGGACGACAACGCCGCUAACGAGAAGCAGUCCCAGCCGCACUAUGUGGCUAAGCAGGGCUAUCAACGACCGGCACAUAACAAUGCCGUGAUUUUUGACGAAACAGACGAUCUCCACGCUGCAGCAGCAUCCUCGAGUGAUGGAGGAACUGUCGCAGCGCUCCCGCCGAAGCGUCCCAAGAGAGUUCGGAAGAACAAGGCGACAGACGCGACGACAUCGACAGGAACUGGGCAGCAGCCAUGGACGGCAUACAAGAUAACCAAGGAAAUCUAUGACCUUUGUCAACGGCACUCAUCAUCAUCCUCCGGAUCGAAGGGGAGGAACCGCUCACGAAGGCGGAGAUCGAGAACUCCGAGAGAUAGAAGACAUAAGUCAAGAUCACCAUCAUCAUGGAGAAGAAGGGCUGAGUCAGAAUCUCCUAGGAGAUUCUCGAGACCAUUAUGGGAGCAGAGACGGAAUGCUUUCCCCCCGCCGGGAAAUCGGGCGUGGUUUACAGCAGAUCUAAAAGAGGAAAUCUUCAAGCUCCGUCAGGAGAUGGACAAGGUACUCAAGACACUGGAGCAACUCACACGCAAGACAGGCGAAAAUCAACCACCUCCACCAAACAAGGAAGACAUUGCGAAGAAGACUGAACUGAAUCUGGAUCCGCUCAAGUCCUUCAUUGAUGAAGCACUGAAGCCAGCAGAGACGAACCAAGGGGGACAAAAUCAAGCUGGUCCAAGCGCAGCCAGUCAGAAGAAUAUAGAAGCAGAGGACAAAGUAGAGAGGAUGGUGUCGGAAGUGCAAAAGGAGGUCAACAAUCUGAAGCUACUGAAAUAUGAUCUGGCGGCGGUGAAGGGCGCGUUGCAGAAGACCAAUGAACCAACACGCACCUGCACUCCAAUCGUGUCGUCCUCUGUGCAUCCUAACGGAUAUACGGAGACGACUGCGGGGCUACCAACAUCUGUACAUGGAAGUCGAAGCGUGCCGAGCCGAAGUAUGCCAAGCAGAAGUGCACCUAGCAGAAGCAGAUUGGGACGCGUGAUCCCUCCACACCCUAAGAGAGGAAGAACGAGGAUGGCUAGGAACGUGACGGCAACUAAGUCGAAGGCGAAAAGGAGCAUUAAUUUCGGAGUGGAACCAAUGACAGACACGCAGCUCCUGCGUCUUCAUUACACAGAUCUGAAGGUAUUGUGCAAGAUGCAUGACACCAGGUACAAAGACAAGCCGCAAGCGAUCUCGGCAUUGAGACAAGUUCCGGGACUGAUCGCCUACAAGGGGAGGGACUUCAACCGGCAUUCGGAUUUGGAGACGCAAAUCAUGCCAGAUCCAGACAACAUUCGAGUAUCCAACACAACGGGCGGAGACACAAGUGAUGAUGAGUACGAGAGCCUUAGUACAAGAUCAAGCGGAAGUGAUGACUACGAUUCAUCCGGCACAUCUUCGGGCACCGAAGAUCUGUUGGGAAGUGUAUGCACAUUCGAAGUUCCCCAUUCUUCUUUAGAACAAAGAGGACUGGUGCCCCUUACUCAGAUAAAGGAAAAGGAAGAGAAUGCAGGGCACCUCAGUGGGGAAGAUUCUGAUUCUGAAAACGAGGAAAAGGGGAGAGAAGAUGAGAUAUCAGAGGAAGGACAAGUUCAGUUAAAAAAGAAAGGAAGAAAAAGAAAAAUAAAGCAGUUAUCCAGUCCACAUAAGGAAGUAGUUCUCAUCAAUGACAAGGAUUCCCCUAUGAAGGAGGCCCAAGUUGAGUCAAUACAACCUGAGCAUGGAUCAUCUGAUGGGGAAGUGAAAGUAGGAGAACAGACAGAGGAUCUGCAAGUGGAGGAGGAGAAGGUAUCUAUGGCAGUCGGGGACGAAACGGAAAUAGUAUCCUCUGAUCCUCUUCAAAAGGCUUUUGGUCCUGAACCAAUGGAUGUGGACUCUUCAACGGGAGAUUUUGAGAUGGAAGAUGCAUCUCCUCAACCUCAGCCUGACAUCUCGGAGGAUCAAAAGAUAAAACAGUUAGCUGAGUGGGUGUUGCAUAAUUUAAAGAAGCGUUUUGGAGAGGCCACAAUGGAAUUUUGGGAUAAUUCUUAUGUGCAGUUGGUAAAUAUAUUAACCAGCAGUCACAAUUUGAAAAUAGUAUUACAGCAGGGGCUGCCUGAGGGUAUUCUAUGGUCAAAGGCAAGCCUGAGAAUUCUAAAUAUUGUAACCAGUUUGUUCCAACCUCCUUCUUCUCCAAAGGAAGGGGAACCUACAGAAGAGGAGAGUGCAUCGAUGGGGGAAGGUGGGAAGAAGGAAGGAGGAGGAAAGGAAGAGGUAGGGGAAGGGGAACAAAAUCAGAUUAAUGUUAUUGCAACAAGGGGAACAUUACUUGAGGAAGGGAAGGAAGUAAGGGUGGAGGAUCUGGGGACAGAAGAAGGCUACGAGGAGAAUGGAAUGGCUAACAUAGCUCCCUCUCAAGAGGAAUCGUCCCUUUCUCAGGAAGUUUUAAGGAAAGAAAAAAAAGUGCAGGAUCCAGAAUCGCCGACCACUCCGUGCGACUUGGUGGAGUUUUGCCAGAGAUGGGGCGAUGAGGCAUUGCUGGAUUUCUGUAACUUCUUGCAGACACUGGUUGAGAUACCACUGGCUACGUCGCCCCCCGAAGUUGUUGAGGAAGCGGAAUCGGUUUUCACAGAGCUUCUGAAGCACCAGAAGUGCUUCAUGGACAUUGCUGUGGACAUCAUGGAAGACAUGCGCAGCCCCGAGAAAGAGAGAGAAUGGCACGAGAGGCUGGUCCUUGAGCAAAGAGAGAGGCAGCUUGAGCUUGCAGGACAUGACUGCUAUCGUCAGCACGGCCCAAAUCAAACCGAGCAAAGAGACGAAGAAGAAGACUCCUCACGUCCGAAGGACAGCGAGACAACAACAUCAGGCUAUGCUGCCGCUGAGGUAUUGGCCCGGGAAGCGGCCCCACAUCAUGACAACUAGUCCAAGCGGGGAGGGACAGAUGGAGGAGAGUUCACUGACCUCAUCACUUCCUGUGGUGCAGGACUGAUGUGAGGAGGUGGUUAUGGGAGUUCCAUUCGGAUUACAGGGAGGCAGUCAGACCGGAUUUGAAUGCCCGAGACCGGAUCUGAAUGCCCGAGGCCUCAUUGUACACACUGUCAGAUGAGCAUCACCACAAUCGGUGAGUCUGAUCAGGGACCAGAAGGAUUCUCGAUCUUAGGACAGGAAGCAGGUCGCAUCAGAAGCCGUGGAUCUUGAAGAUCCAUGUUCAGGAUUCUGGAUAAAAUCGUCAAAACGGG